AGUAAUGUUGGAGUUGGAAUCUGAUAAAUGAUUUUAGAUAUGUAUAAAAAAUUACACGAAUUGAUGUAAAAUUAUGUACACUAGUAACUGAUUGAAUAGAGAUUUAAAUUUUACACGGUUUUUUGGCUUUAUUAAUUGGACGCAAAAUGUCUGGAUUCGAUGAAAACCCAUUUGGUGAGCCUACGUUGGAUAACCCUUUCGCCGACCCUGCAAUUCAGCAAGUAACCAAUCAGACUACAAAUGUUCAGCGGGGCCUCGAUGAGUAUAAUCCAUUUGCUGACCACCUUCAGCACAGCGUCCAUCAACUGUGGUACGGAGCGAGUAAUCCUCCCGGCUACGGCUCGCAGACGCAACAGCCGGCCAUUAUGCAUGCCACCCAGGAGCUUCCUCCCCCCUACUCCCGAACGGCCCAGCAACAGCAGGCUGCCCAAGCAUCACAGUUCACCACUGCUGAACUCCAGAGGGAAUUAGAGCGCAAACAAGAGGAAUUAGAACGCAAAGCAGCUGAAUUGGCCAGGCGUGAAGCAGAACUAAGAAACGCACCCUACAAUGUUAGAAGAAACAACUGGCCUCCUCUGCCUGAGAACUGCUGUGGGUUCCAGCCUUGCUUCUACCAGGACAUCAACGUCGAAAUACCCACCGAAUUCCAGACGAUCGUGCGCCAUCUUUAUUAUCUGUGGCUGUGUGAGUAGAUCAAUCAGUCAUUA